AUGCUGGUGGCGUCUGUGUGGAACGUGUUGGUGAUCCCGUGCACAGCCUGGUUGUACAGAUACAGGAACUCCACUGUGAAGCUGUCCUUGUUUGUGUCCAACGAUGGAAAGCGGGUUCUCCUGCUCGCUCAGGUAGGAGCGGCGUUCCUUUGGGAGAGCCUGGAGGAGCAGGAUCUGCCUUCGGUCCCCGGAGCCCGGCUGGGUGGACGGUGGGCGGAGGUGCUACCUGAUGGCCAGGCCAGUCUUCCCCAGGGUGAGGACAUGGAGAGUGCUGUCCAUGCCGUCUUUGUCGCCGAUGAGGUGCUGGGCGACUGCUGCCUGGCCUGUUUUGCCUUCAUCUCUGGGGAAGCUCUGGUGCUGACCACUGUGAGGCUGCAUUGGUUUGAACAGGUUGAACGCUGCAUCAGGGCGGCCCCGUUGUGGGUGCAGUGGGCGACACAGACGCAGCUUCUGGGGGAGCUGGUCCCCGCCUGCCAACCGGUGAAGUCACGAGGGGCACUGCUGGCAGCGUUCACCACCGACGGCUCACUCCUUGCCCUGGCUAUCAAUCAGAUCAACCCCAAGGCCACCCAGGUGCUGUUUGUGAAGCCAAUGAGCCGUGUGACUGUGUCGACCAGUCUGCAGGGAUGUGGCAGCACCGCCCGCCCUGUGCCAGCCUCGUCUGCCAGGUCCUACUGGGUGGCUGGGGUGAGCUGGACCCCAGACGGCCUCUUCCUGGCGUGCAUGCUGCAACGCGGAGCCUUGCUGAUGCUGUCCCGUCUCGGCGAGCUGGUGACGCUCACCACCUCUGGCUGCUCCGUGGAGUUUGGUCUUUGGACCUAUGACUAUGGCUAUGACACUGAGACUCUAUGA